GACUGUGGCCGCGGCUCAGUCCUGGGCUCCGGGGUUUUCCAGCAGCCGGGGUGCUGAUUGCGGGCUUAUUCUGGCCUCUCUGCCGGUGACAGGGAUCGGAUUGGAUCGGAUCGGAGCAGAUCUUGGGGAGAACGUGUAACAAUCUUUCAAUAACGUGCGAAUAUAUAAGCAGGGUUGCGAGGACUGGAAAAUUGUAAACGUCACACCCUUGCUCAGAAAAACAUCUGUGGAGGCAGCAGCAUGGCGAGCAUUCAAUCAUCUGCGAGUAUGCUGUUAGACACCGAGACAGAGACAGAAGCGAUGGCGACAUCAGUCAAAGAGAGACUCAUGCUCCAGUUACGCAACAUGGAAGGCGACCAGAGGGCUUACCAUGACGAUUCUGAACGCACCAUCACCAGGCAAUUGCGAGAACUAAGUCAAUUACAGCACGAACAUGAAAUUCUGGCAACAAACAUAGCCCUGGCCACGUCCCCACAGAAGGUACGGAAGGAUGUUAAUGAUUCAACAGAGAUAAAGACACUGCUACAAAGCAAGGAGGAGUACGACUGCCUGGCUGAACAGGAGAAGAAUCUGAUUGCUAAGCUUGAUGCACAGAUAAAAGAACAAGAAGAUAAAAUUUUGAAGCACAAGAUGUCGACAGGCGGGAUGAGGAAUGUUCACCAACGACGGAGACAUUUGCAAAAACAAAUCCAUACUUUGGAGAAUCAACUAAACUUGUCGACAAUAAAGUUUAACUCCAUACUGACGGAAAAUUGCAAGCUCCGUGAAGAAAUUAAUGUUCUGAGAAUUAAUAAAGAGAUCUACACCAAACUAUACAACAAACUUAGCACAAAACUCCAAGAACAAAAGAAAAUAAUGAAAGAAAUAGUUGAGGAGUCUGUGCAAGCUUAUGAUCAACGAAUGGAGGCAGAAACUAGAAUACAUGCAGUGAAGGAACGAAGUGCAAAAGAUAUCCUGCUGUACAACACAGAAAUAAAGGAACUGAUGCGUGUUAUUGAUCACGAGACAAAACUCAAGGACUUCAUCCUGAUUAAAUUUCGACACUUUUCGAAAGAAGAUCAUUCUCAGGAUAAGAUUAGUAAGAAAACUGCUCAGGAAAUUGAAUACGAGGCAUAUGAGGAAGUGUAUAAUCAACUUAGACAUUUGACUGGCAGAGACAAUCUUUACAGUUUGGGUGGUGAGUUUAUUGCCACAGAAGAGAAAAAUUAUGCACUGUUCAAUUUUAUAAAUGAAAUUAAUAUUCAACUGGAACACAAGCAAGAGAAGAUACAGAAUAUUAAGGAAGAAAUAUUACAAAUCCAAAACCAACGUCGCCAGAGCGAGGAAGAUAUGCACAAACUCAUCAAGGAGAUCGAGCACUCCCUUGAGGACACAACCCAGCAGACGAAUACAUAUGAAAGGAUGUACAUACAUGUUAGCAAAGCUCUGGAUGAGCUGAAAUCCAACGUGGAAUCCCUUGCCAAGAAGAUACAUUGUGACUUAACACCAAUCCAGAGGAAACUGUGCGGUAACGAUGGGAUCUUAAAUUUCAACGCACUGGAUUAUUUAGGCAUCAUUGAAAGGAAAUCAAUCGAUCUUCUACAGCUCCACAUGCUGACAAUCCAGUUAGCAGAGUUGAAGAAGGAAUCUCCCAUCCUCAGUCCUGCAAGCAGUUUAUCCAGUAUUCCCAAAGUGAACAUCCUGAUAGCUGGAGCAGACCUGACCAGACAUGUGAAGCCCAUAAAAAUCUCCUCGCCGAUCAUCGAGGAUGAGGUUGACGUCGAGUUGGAGAAAGAAUCUGAUUCGGAGGUUUUAUUUCCCAUGAAUUACUACCAGUUGCGAGACCUAGUUUUACAUGAACUGGAAGGAGCAAAGUAGGGGGACAACGGCAUUAAACUAUCCCUGAAAAUUCAUCAGGAAUAGUGUGUAAAAACCUGUGGUAAUCGCUACCCGAGGAUGAAUCGUAAAUAAAUGUUGUUUUUAACAAAUACAUAAUAAAUUUAAAUGUUUUUCAUUGCUAUCUUGUGAUUCCGUUGUGUUAUCUUUUGAAGUUUUCCGAUAUGUUACAUUAACUUUUCAGUUGAUCCUUCCUGAUUCAUCUGCAGCUGUUUUUUAUCACCUAAAGCAAUGUGUCCUUCCCUGUGGAUACAAGGAACUGGGGUGGGGGAGCAUGGCGUAUCUCUGUAAACUUUGAUUUCCUUCCACACUCCAAAGACAUAUAGAUUUGUAGGUUAAUUGGCUUGGUACAAAUGUAAAAUAGUCCCUAGUGUGUGUAGGGAAGUGCUAAUAUAUACGGGAAUAGCUGGUUGGUGCAGACUUGGUGGGCCGAAGGGCCUGUUUUCAUGCUGUAUAUCUAAACUGAAAAUAAACUAAGCUGGAAUCCUGAGUAAAAUAUUUACCUGGUGGAGGCCGGAUCUAUGGAUACUUUCAAGAGAGAGCUAGAUAGGGCACUGAAAGACAGCGGAGUCAGGGAGAUGGGGAGAAGGCGGGAGCAGAGUACUGAUUGGGGAUGAUCAGCCAUGAUCACAUUGAAUGGCGGUGCUGGCUCGAAGGGCCGAAUGACCUACUCCUGCACCUAUUGUUUAUGGUCUAUAACAUAAAGUGCUGGAGUAACACAGUGGGCCAGGCAGCAUCUCUGGAGAAGGUGAAGAGGCAACAUUUAGAAUUAGAAUUAGAAUUAGAUCCUUUAUUUGUCAUUCAGACCUUACGGUCUGAAUGAAAUGUAGUCACCUGCAGCCAUACGUACAAUAAUAAACAACAGAACAGACAGUAAACACAAAUUAACGUCCACCACAGUGAGUCCACCAAACACCUCCUCACUGUGAUGGAGGCAAAAAUCUUAGAGCUGCUGUCUCUUCCCUCCUCUUUUCCCUCUGCGCUGAGGCGAUUCCCCACCGGGCGAUGGUAAGUCAGUCCCGCGG